AUGCCCCACAGUGUUAACAAAUUGUUAAGGGCAGAACUAGAAGGAUCAAAAGCAAGUGGCAUAGGGAAGCGGGGAGCUUCAGAGCUGAUUGGCAAGUUUGCCGCUUAUGAGUGCUCAUACUGCUCUGUGAUUCUCACAGAGUAUGAUGACCUGAGCCUGCACAGCAAGAACUGUCCUUCACCUUCCUGCAGCAUGAUCUGCCUGACUUGUGGGGACAAGUUCCCCAGCAAGCCGGAGAUGAGGCAGCACCUGAAGCUCAUGCACAACCAUAAAACAUUUGGCUGCAAGUUUUGUGACGUCAUGUUUCUCAGCAGCUCGGGUCUCCUGAGCCACACCAAGGCCAAGCACAAGCCUGACCCCAAGACCUUGUGUCAGAUAUGUGGGCAAGCUUUUCACAACCGGGCUAAUUUAGAGGGCCACAUGAACAUGCAUCUUGGUUUGAAGCCCUUCAAGUGUAAGAGGUGUGGCAAAAGCUACGGCCAUUCGAAAUCUCUUAUAACCCAUGAGAAAAGGUGCACAAAAAUUGUAUCCAAUGCGGGCAAGACUAGAUCUCAAUCCAACCACACAUCUGUCAAGUCUGAGAUGAGUUUUAGAAGCAGUGUAAACAGUAGUGUCAGCUUGCCCCCUUCCCAGCUGCACCCAAACAAAAGUGGAACUUGUGCUGAAGACAGGAACACUUCAAGUCUGGAACCUGGACGGUCUUUUGCCUUCAGUGAGACGUACCAGCCGUUUGAUGAGACCAAAAAAAUAUGCUCUGACUCCAACCUCAUUCAGAGCACAGGCCAAACAUUUGACUUUAACAGUCCUUCAUACCAACCCCUGCAGUCCAUUGAUAUCUCCACCAUAUCUAAUACCAGCACCAUUGGGAACUCACUCAAUGAAACCAUGUAUGGACAACAAACCAACAAUGACUAUGUGCUUCCACAAGUAGCAUUUGAUAUGUACCCACCAGGAAUCUUACCUGAUCAUGCAUAA